AUGAAUAUUUCUUUAAAGAUAUGCUUGGUUUUCUUGUUGGUUUGAACCUUGGUAAGUGCUAACAAGAAGGUUACAGUUCAUAUGGUAACUCAUUCGCAUAAUGAUGCUGGAUGGUUGAAACCAUUUGAAGAAUACUUUAAGUGUUGUACAAAUAAAACUUUGACAACUGUCGUAGAUGCAUUGAUAAAAGAUUCGGCAUCUGAUAACCCAAAGAACUACACUUUCCAUUGGUCAGACAUGGCCUUCUUUUACAGGUGGUGGCAAGACCAGUCAACCUCUAUCAGAAAUGAUGUGAAGAAACUUGUUAGAGAAGGAAAAUUCAUUUUCAUUAAUGGAGGCUGGGUUAUUAAUGACGAAGCCCUUCCUUCAUACAAAGAGAGCAUGGCCCAGAUGAGGCUUGGACUAGAUUUUAUUCAAAAAGAAUUUGGAACAAGACCCCACAUUGGAUGGCAAAUUGAUCCAUUUGGAAGCACUGGGCUCACUGCUUCUGUGUUGAAGAAACUAGGAUUUACUGCUUUCAUUGAAAAUAGAAUCUCUAAUGAUUUCAAGAAAGUGCUCAAAGACAAAGAAGGAUACAAUUUCUGCUGGGAAGGGCAUCAGGUUGAUGAGAACAAAGAAGAUGAUAGAAUAUUAACUUACAUAUUACAAUAUUUCUACACCUUACCAGGAUUAAGGCUUGAUUCUGGAUUUAUUGGAACAAACAAGAAAGCCUAUGCACAACAAUUUUGGGAUUAUAAAAUUCAAACAGUUAUAGACUCACUCAACAAUGUCUCUGGAGGUACUGUGCCAGAAUACCAUAUCAUGGCAGCAUCAGGCGAUGAUUUCGCAUUCCAGAGUGGACAUCAAGUUUUCAAAGCUUUUGACGAUUUGAUUACAGAGCUUGAGAAUCUUGGAACUAACAAAGGAUAUGACAUUGAAAUCAAAUACAGCAGUCUGUAUCAAUAUUUUGAAGACUUCAAGUCUCUUAACCUUGACUUGGGAGUAUUUAAAGGAGACUUCAUGCCUUUUCAAGAAACUUGGCCUGGAUGGGAUUGGAAUGAUUUUUGGACAGGCUACUAUUCUACAAGAUUGCAUAUGAAAAGAUGGAUCAGACACACAUUCAACAAUCUUGAGAGCAUCAAGGCCUAUCUAACCAUUAAAGCUGUACAGGGAAAUAAAGGAAGUGUUAAUUUUAAAUCAACCACACAAGCUUCUAUAGAUCAAAUAAAUGAAGUUAUUAAUGAAGCAGAGAAAAGAUGGGCAAUAAUGAUGCAUCAUGAUGCUAUCACUGGAACACACACUGCUGUGACUGAGAAGGACUAUUACAACAUUCUUAAACAAUCGAAUGAGUUUUUAACAAAAGCUUACAGUCUCAUUAAUGAUAACUUAGGACUUGAAGCUGAAAGAUCUAUCCACGAUCAACUUAAAGCAGCAGUUGAUAAGCUCGGAAGCAACACAUUUGACCAUUACACUGUGGUAAACCCUACUGCUGAUCGUAGAUCAGAAGUCAUCAAUGUGACUCUUACUUCAUCAUUAGAGGUUGAUGAUACAUACGCAGUGUUUUUGCAUUAUCUUAAUGGCAACAAUGAUACAUUGUUCAAGAAUGUGCACUCAUCUUAUGCUGACAUACAAGAUAUGGAUACUUCAAGCCAUGAACUCCAGACAGUCAGAAAGCUAUUUGUUCAUAUCGAGAUGCCUGCGUUUAGUGACAUUCACAUGUACAUUAUUCCUUGCAAGAAAGGCUCGUUUGAAUGCUCUGACAAAGAACAUAUCAAUACUUUAAGCACUAAAUCAGAACCUCUGACAUCUAAAACUCAUCGUAUGAUUAGGAAUCCAGCCAUACAGUUAGAAAUAGGAAAGGAUGGGAAAUUGAGAAGUAUUAAUAACUUCAGAAGGAAGAUUAAGAGUAAUCUUUCAGAAAGAUUCACUGCUUUUGACACUAGAAAAUCAAGGUCAGGACUUUAUCUGUUCAACCCAAGGUCUGCCCAAAUCGAAGUCAAGACUAAUCUAACAAGCAUAUGGUACUACGAACUGCCCAAUCUAAAAUCCAUCAUCCAAGUAGAACACGGUGGCGGGGCCACUAGAUUCCUAAAGACUUAUUCUAUCGACCAGGUUGGGCUGGAUGAAAACCUCGAACAAUUCUUCUUAGAAGUCCAUUCAUUCACAUCAGAGGUCUGGGAAGUCAGCUUUGGGAUUAAGAAGGACAAGCAAGCGAAAGAUUCAGAGUUCAAGACUUUCAUUGAUGAUUCCAUGAAGUUAGUAGAGAGGCCAAUUUUUGAUAAAAAUCUGGAUAUUCAACACAUACGACCUGAAGAGCUAUAUGGAUAUUAUACAUCUCCGUGUGUUAAUGGAGGAAUGCUCUCUGAGACUGUCAAGAAACAGGAUGUGGAUGAAAUCCACCAACUCUCAUGGGCUAAUUCAAAUCCGAUUGGGUGCACUCUCAGUUCACAAAACCAGAUUGACUUUAUGGUCUUCAGAAAUAUUGGGUCAAAUGAUCUAAAAGGUGUAGAUGAAACUCCUAUUGAUAGCCACGCCACUUACAAUUCUUUUAUAUUCAGACUAGAUAUGAACGAUGGUGCAUACAGAAGAAACUUUGCUGGGAGUAUCCUGAACUCUCCUCUGUUUAUCUAUGAGGAUCUCGAAGUUAGUCCUGCUGCUAAUAAGAGACUUACAGCUCCAGGUGCAAUUCUUGAUGAUAUUUUCUCAACUUCAUCAAUCCCCCACCUCUUGCAUGGAUCUAUCGAUGUGGUUGAUAUAAAACUUGUGAGACAUACCAUUCUUAACAUUUACAAUGACUAUGAAAUUGCAAUGGUAUUGAGGAACAGAUUUAAUGGAUAUUUGCCUCUGAACAAGACUUCUAAGCACAAAGGAGAAGGACUUUUCAAGAAUAAAUUCAUUGACACAAUGAAGUCAUCCAACAAGGACACUAAUGAGUUUAAAUGUAACGAUAGCAAGACCAUUCUGAAAGAGCAUAGAUAUGACAUAGAAACUUGUGAAUACAUAAUACAGAAUUCGAAGCCCUCAGAUUUCCAUGGGCUCGAGCCUUAUGAGCUUGCUGAAUUCAGACUAGUAAAAUCAUCUACUCUCGAAGCCCUUAAUAUGAAGCAACAAGGUUUGAACUCAGCUUCGUAGAACCCCAUUCACAAAAUUUCAACCAA